AUGAAUUCAUGGAAAUUAGGAUCGGAUGUUGGAGAUUUAAACCAAUAUUCCAGCAAUGGCACAGUUGCCACCUUUAAUUAUCCUUGCAGUACUACCUACUCUUGCACUUAUUACCACACAACUCUUCCACCCGGUUAUUAUAAAGUUGAAGUAUGGGGUGCAGAAUGUGGUAGCACAAUCUAUGAAAGCAAUCCUUACACCCAUGCAAACAAGAAGGGUGGAUAUUCCGUCGGUGUCCUAAAACUAAACAAAACAUCCGAGGUUUACGUUUUCAUUGGCGGCAAAGGCCAAGACGCAAUACAUUCGUUCAAUGGAAAUGCUCGAGGUGGCUACAAUGGUGGUGGUGAUGCCAUUCCAGAGACCACUGAUAAUGAUCACGGAGGUGCUGGUGGUGGUGCCACUGACAUCAGAGUUGACGGAAUCGAAAUCGGAAACAGAAAGAUUGUUGCAGGCGGUGCGGGUGGACUUGGCCCUGAUCUAAAAUAUAGUGGUGGCUUAACUCCAGAAUCAUGGGGAGGAGGCCUCGAAGCUGGUCGUCCAAUUGCAAACGGACCAGCAUAUGGAUCUCCUGCCACCCAAUCUCAAGGAAAUUCCAACGGAAUAGGUUCAGCAGGUGUAUUUCAUACUUAUGGAAUCACAGGUGGUGGUGGUGGCUAUUUCGGCGGAACUCUACCACCACAUGUAUUUAAUGGGCGGGCAGGUUGUGCAGGAGGUGGCUCAGGAUACAUCGGAAAAGUUAUUUCAUUCAAUGGAAUUGUUGCAAAGUCAAUUCCAGGAAACCAACAGAUGCCAUCUCCAGACAGCGACACUCAAACUAUCGGCCGAUCAGGUAAUGGUGCCGCACGAAUCACCAUCCUUGGUUAUUUUCUCCAAAAGACGAACUCCCUCAAAGACACAUACGACCCUAACUCCACAAUUUCUAUCGAUUUCACACUUAAUACAUUAGGAACAGAAGAAGUUGCCACCAUCAAACGAUCAUUAAACAACACAAACCUCGAAGAAACAAUUCUCACCCAUAUCGAUGAUGGUAAUGAAUACAGUUUCACAGAUUCAUUUCGAUUACCAGAAGAAACAGGAUUUCUGAAAAUUUCAUACACAGUUACUUCCAAAUCAGGAACAACCACAUCUACAUUUUUCGACAUUCUUGUUAAUAAAAAACCAGAAAUCAAUGUAAUAGGAAGACCUAAGGAAAGAUAUAUUCCAAGCGAGAAAACAUUUGUAGAAAUUGAAGUAAUAGAUGAUACUUAUGUCAAUGUUUCGAUCAAAGAUAAAUCGAAUAUUCUUUAUUCAACGAAAAUAAUAAGUUGUUAUAAUACUAAAACUCGAACAAGGUUAGAAUUUAAUGUAGGUCCAUUUGCCAUCGGUUCUAAACAUAAUAUAUCUAUCUCAGGUGUUGACGAGUAUGGAUUUAAUUCGGUAAUAUCAUAUUUCGAAUAUGUUAUUGUUGAUAACGUCGCACCAGAUUUGAGAGUUGAUUCACAAUUAACAUAUCAUUUUUCAGGUAAAGACAAAGUUAAAAUCAAUGGUGAAUUCCAUGACAAAGACGGCAGUGCCACAAUCACAAUAUAUUCUAAGAUCGAUAACUCUCUUCAAGUCAAACAUGGUGUUCACACCAUUUCAGACAUUAACUGGCAUGUUUUCAAUAUCACACGUGAUAUGUUUGAUGUUCGCAAAGGAAUUCACACAUUAACAGUUUUUGCCGUUGAUGACAAUUAUGCAGAAUCAAACCCAUAUGUUCAUACAUUUGCCUUAUUCAGUGGAUACUACAUAUUGAACAGGCCGUCAUGCUAUUGUGUUUUUAGAGGCACAUGGAUUCUUUCCAUGUAUUCUCCAUUAUCUACUGAAUUAACCUGA